ACCACUCACAGAGUCAGAGCGAGAGAGAGAGAGAGAGAAGAGAAGUUUCUGUGAAACCAGGUCGGGUCAUUGCAUGAAAACGGUUGGACACAACAGAACCAUUCCUUGGACAUCAACAUCAGAAUUGAACCCUGAAUUCGUAGAGGAAUCUGGACCCAUCUGAUUCUGAACCAAUCCAAUUGGUGCACAUUCUAUCCGUUCAAGAGACAAUUUUGCUCUACAGUCCUAAGUAGAAGUAGAAGAGAAUUAUUUUUUGGAAGAAAAUGACACCUAAAGCAAGUUCUGGAUUGUGGGAAUAAUAUUGGGAAAGGUGGUUUGUGGAUCAUGGCGCAGUCAUGUGGUUUUGGCCUGCAUUCAGUGGUCACAGAGUGGCAAGAGAGGAGAUAACAGGAUUAGUAUGGAGAUAUUGUUAUAGAGGGAAAUCUGAGUGUUGUGAUUGAAUCUCUUCUCUCAAAGGCCUGCAGGAUGAAUGGGUGAGAAGAAAAGAGAGGAUAGGAGGUGUUCAUUUACUGCUUUUUCCUGCAUAUUCAGAAAAGGAAGAACACUCAUAUUAACUGUGUUUUUUUAACUGCUGUUUUUUUUUUUUUUAAGUGUGUCAAAAAACAAAAAGCCAAUACCUUUUCUGAAGAAUCUGUUUAAAAACUGCAAAUAAACCAAAGCCAUUAGGUUAUAGCUGAAAACCUAAAUUCCGGAUACCACAAAACCAAGGCAAUCCUGAAAGGACCAAUGACACAAUCCUAUCAAAUCAAGGACAUGCCCUUAACUUCAGGCCUCGACAAAUCCUGGGUUUCCUUCCUAAAGUCUGCACCUCGUCUCCGCCUCAACACCUUGGACUUCUCCGACCUGUGGGAUGAGGAGGACCUGGGAUUGGACAGCGCCGAGGAAGACGGAGGCACCUUGACCAACCAAACCUCAGCAUGUCUCCAAACACCACCUCCUCCUCCUCCCAUGCCUCCCUCAGCUCCUCCCCCUCCCCUGUCUACAGGAUAUGCCUCUUCCAUGGGGAAACCCUCAGGUUGUCGUACCUUAAAGCUCCACUGGAGGGAGCUACACAGCCUGCCCGCCCUACCCAGGGUUAGCCGCUUUGGGCCCCAGACCAUCUGGGCUGGGCUGGAGCCGGUGCACCUGGACACCAACCGGCUGGAGUACCUGUUUGAGACCAAGGGAAAUGGCUCCAUCUGCAGCGUGCUGAUGGGAAGGCAGAAGCUGCCGUCUGUCUCAGUUCUGGGGGUGAAACGGAGUAACAUCAUCACAAUUGCCCUCAGUAGCCUCCCUCCUCCCCACCUGCUGCCUCCUGCCAUUUACACCAUGGACUGUAGUGUUCUGGACAGAGAGGACGUACAGCGUCUCCAGUCCCUGGUCCCCAGUGAAGAGGAGCUGUCUCUGAUCAGGAAGGCCCAGGCCGAGUCCCCCCACUCGCCUCUGGCCCCAGCUGAGCUCUGUCUCCUAACCCUGGGGGAGAUCACUUACCUGAGCCCCAGGCUUCAGCUCUGGGCUUUCGCUCUGGACUAUGACACCAUGGAAAGAGAAAUUGCAGAGCCUCUCUUCCACCUGAAGCUUGCCAUGGAACAGCUGGCAGCCAAUCAGACCUUUAGAUGCAUCUUGGCCACUGUGCUAGCCAUUGGUAACUUCCUCAAUGGAUGCAAGGCCGGUGGUUUUGAGUUGAGUUACCUGGGGAAGCUGUCUCAGGUCAGAGAUACACACUCCCGUCAGCCUCUGCUGUACCAUAUGUGUGUUCUGCUCCUGCAGCUCUACCCACAGUCCUCAGACCUCUACUCUGAUAUCACCUCUGUCACCCGCACCAGCAAGUGUGACUACACCCAGGUCCAGUCCAGCCUCUCACAGCUGGAGGCCCUUUGCAAAUCCUCAUGGGACCAGCUGCGUCUGCUAGAACGGGAGGAUGAGAAGAAGAGAGGAGGACGGGACAGAGGAGGGGAGCGGGAGGGCACCCUGCGACAGAGGUUACCUACGUUCCUGAAGGAAUGUGAGGACAGGCUGAAGGUACUGAGAGCUGUCCAUCGGAGGGUUAUCAACAGCAUCUCUCUUUCUCUCUAUAUCUCCGUCUCUCUCUCCCUCUCUUCUCUCUCUCUCUCUUUUUCUCUUUCUCUCUACUCUCUCUCUCUCGCUCUAUCUAUCUGCAGGUUUCACUCAUUCCUUUUGUUUCUGGGUUACUCUCGUACGAUGGUGAGAGAGACGAAUGCGGAGGACUUCUGUAAGACCGUCAGUGACUUCUCCCUGGAAUACAGAGCCACCCGUCUCUCCAUCCUGCAACAAAGGGAAAGAGAGAGGGAGCGAGAGAAAGGAGGAGAGAAUCCCAGCUCACCUGCACCUAACCACAAACACCACUACCAUCCCCACCACCACCACCAGACACCUUCUCAGGAGAGCUUGGAGCAGUGCAAACUAGAGGAAGUAUUGAAGACCCCAGAAUCUGACUUUCAGUUAGAUUCUACCCUUCCACGCCAUCGCAGUAAGAAGACUGAUAUCAGAGGUCGACUCUCCCGGAAGCUAAAGUGGUGACAUAUGAACUGAAGUGUGUCGUCUGUCCUGCGUUUCUGUCUACAUCUGUUUGUAGAAUCAUGCAUUGUUAUUACUACACAGGUGACUAUAGUCACUGUAAAUGCAUACAGUUUAGCAUACCAUAGUCCCUGCAUGUUGUAUGCUACAAUGCUAUAAAAUAUUCUGUCGUGCACUUCAACAAGCACAUAGGCCUACUUAUUCUCAGACACAAACACAAUCUUAUCCACAGUCAGACUAACACAGCAGUAUUGAAAAUAAAUACAUGUGUAAAUAUAUGUGUAGACAUGAAAAA